AUGGUUAGUUAUUUGCGGUCGGAAUUUGAUCCAGUUCCAGUGGCAGAUGAACCAUUUCAUUUGGAGUAUCUGAGGAUCAUCAAGAAACAUGCUGACCGAGGAUUGACCGCGUUUGUCAGUUUUUUUCGGCAAUUUUAAUGUUUCAUUUUCUUUCUCGCAAAAUUUGGGCUUUUAUUCUCUAGAUUUCCGCGGAAACAGGGGAACGAAAGACAUACAAAGACCUUCUACUUGCUUCAUACUGCGUCAACGUAUACUUGAAAAAGAUUGGAUUUGGUAAUAAGGAUGUUGUCGGCGCAGUUUUACAAAACUGUUGGCAGUUCGCGCCCAUUUUUCUUGGAGUUGUAUCUCGAGGUGGUUGCCUUAGCGGCGCCAGCCCUCUUUUCACGGAAGGUCAGGGAGUAAACAACCAUCAGAUUAUUAAUAUUUCGGAUUUUAGCCGAACUGAGCCAACAAUUCAACGAUGCCAAGUGCCGAGUCAUUUUUUGCAUGGAAUACUCACUUGAACUGGCAUUGAAAGCAAGGAAUGACUGCCCGCUCAUCAAAGUAACUAAACAUUCAAUCCGUUUACAACAGCUAUUUAGCAUAUCGUGGUUGUCGACGCGACAAACUCGAAGAAAUUACCUCCGAAUGUAGUAACUUUCGAUUACAUUCUCUUACUGAACCCUCUAACUCACGAGCUUCAUACCAAGGUCGAUGUCGAGAAGGACAUGAUCCUCCUCCCAUAUUCCAGUGGUACUACAGGAGUUCCAAAAGGCGUCAUGUUGACUCACAAGAACUUCGGAACACUAGUACGCUCUGUCAGCAAGUAAGUCCUGUCUCCAAGAACCCAUCCCACGAGAAGUCCCCCAAUAUUUAACCUUUCCGGAACAAACUCAAUUUCAGAGUCUUAGAUGAAGAGCUAUUGAAGAAAAUGGAUCCAAAAUGGGAUUGGAACAAAGAGUAUUUAGUAUCUCCUCUUCCACUAUACCACAUGUAUGGGUUCGGCUUUCUCUGGAUCAAUAUUUUGAACGGAGCACAGACGGUUAUCCUCAAGAAAUACAACCCCGAAAUCUUCUUCAGAGUCAUCCAAGAAUACAAAGUACGGUUUGUGGCCAUAGUCCCGCCUAUUCUAGUAUUCAUGGCCAAUUCCGAGAUCAUGAACAAUUAUGAUAUCAGUUCAUUAGAGUAUAUUACAUCAAGUGCAGCGCCCGUUGGACUAGAGCUCAUAACUGCGUUGAAGAAAAGAUUCCCGACUAUCAAGCAGAUAUCUCAAGGUAAGGAGAGAACAACACUCAAGUUUUUCUAAUUACAGCAUACGGAAUGACCGAGAUGAGCAUGUCAUCACACAUACCUGUGUUUGGACGGGACAAUAUUGCCGCUUCUGGCCGACUAGCACCAAAUUACGAGAUGAAGAUAAUUGAUCGAGAUACCCACGAAACCGUUCCUCUAGGGACAGUCGGCGAGAUUCUAAUUCGCUCUCCAACGGUCAUGUUGGGCUAUUUCAAUCGGCCAAAGGCAACGGCAGAGACCGUCGACAAGGAGGGAUGGCUUCAUACUGGGGACCUCGGAUAUCUCGAAAAAGAUGGCUGGAUGUAUGUUGUAGACAGAUGCAAAGAUUUGAUCAAGGUCAAAGGACUUCAAGUCGCUCCUGCUGAAUUGGAGGACAUCCUUCUUUCCCAUGACAACAUCAAAGAUUCAGCAGUCAUUGGAGUACCUCAUCCAGAAUUUGGAGAAGUUCCAAGAGCCUUCGUUGUCAAGAAUGAUCCUAAUCUCACCGCUGCUGAGGUGGACCGAUACAUCCUAGGUAAGACAAUUUCCAAUAUAUCAAAUUAUUGUCUGCAGAAAAAUGUGCUCCUUACAAACGACUUCUCGGAGGUGUUUUCUUUGUCGAUGAGAUUCCGAAAAGCCCUUCCGGGAAGAUUCUCCGACGUCAAUUGAGAGAUACCAAGAGUAAACUAUAA